AAUCUUUUUAUUUUUUGUUGUUCAAUUACUUUGCUUUUCGUUCUUUCUUUUAUAAUUUUUAACCAAUUUUAGAUUUUCUGUUAGUUUUGUAAAAUAAAAUUGAGUGAAUAACAAUAAAUAAGAAAAUUUUAUAGAAGUUUUUGAUUGGUGUGUUGGCAUUUUCAUGCUAUAAAUCAAAAUGUCGAAAAAUAAAACAAAUUCAAUGGCGACCGGAGAAACAAAUCUAAUCGAAGUGAAAUCAAAGUUUGAUGCCGAAUUCCGCCGCUGGAGCUUUAAACGGCAUGGCGACUUGCAAAAUUUUGAAGAUUUCUCUGCCCUUAUUGAGAAAUUGCAUAGACUACAUACACUACAGUUUAUCAUUUUAUACAUUGACCCACGUGAUAAUGAUCUGUUGCCAAUUAAUAAUGAUGACAACUUUGGUAGAGCGUUGAAAAUUGCCAAACCUUUGUUGCGUAUUAUCGUUCAACGUAAAGAUGAUUUGGAAGAGUUUCCCGGUUUUGGCACAAUGAAACCGCGCAAUAAUCUAAUCAGCAGUAUACUGGGACAGACUCCUGUCAAGACAAAACUACCAACAAUAUCAAUACCACAUGAUUUCCGACAAGUAUCGGCUAUAAUUGAUGUGGAUAUUGUGCCAGAGACGCAUCGACGUGUGCGUCUGCUUAAAUAUGGUAGCGAUAAGCCUUUGGGAUUUUAUAUAAGAGAUGGUACGUCUGUUCGCGUAACCGCAAACGGUUUAGAGAAACAACCUGGUAUUUUUAUAUCACGCCUCGUGCCUGGUGGACUUGCUGAGAGCACUGGACUUUUAGCAGUCAACGACGAGGUUAUAGAAGUAAAUGGUAUUGAAGUGGCUGGUAAAACACUGGAUCAGGUCACCGAUAUGAUGGUGGCAAAUAGUUCUAAUCUAAUAAUAACGGUGAAGCCGGCAAAUCAACGUACACUUACCUCACCACGUCGCGGCUCAUUCUCGCGCAACAGUCAACUAUCGAGCGGUUCACAUCAUACCAAUCAAACCAAUACAUCGGAUGAAAACGAACAAGAUGAGCAAGAUGAAGUCGUCGAUCUGACCGGCAUAACACUCGAUGACAACAAUGUGGCCUCACAGCCACAACAAUCAACGGUGCCAUCACCGGCACUGAUAAUUACGUCACAACAUCACCAAACGGCAUCAACAGCCUCAACAAUUGUCGGCGGCAGUGAAUCCAAAGACGGAGUACUACAUCUAUGAAUCGAAUAAGAAGCGAUAUAGUAUUUAAAACAAAAAAAGAAUGACGCAAAAAGACAAAAAUGUUAUGGCAAAGGACAAACGGAACUUUCAGGUCGAACAAAGCGGAAAUACAGAGUAAAUAGUACAUGCAAAAUGAUUAUAUUUUGCAAAGAGUUUCCGAGUCUAAAAAAUAUAAGCAAUCUUAGGCAUAACAAAAAGACAACACAUAUAUACACACAAAUUUUCAUGCUUCACUUUUCAUUUUAUUUCUAUUAUAUACUUAAAUCGUACUAUUUAAUUAUAAAUUAAUGUGUAAAGUGUAAUGUUAUCAAUGCGUUUGACGUUUACGUCGUAUUGUUUUCAUUUAUUGUUUACAAAUUAUAUACGUCAACGCAUUUUAACUAAACAUACUGUAUUAUUAGGUACAUAUACACAUAUUUACAUAUCUGCAUAUGCAUUGUUAAUAUUUUUAAUCAUGUUUUUUAUUGUAGUUGUCCUGCUUAUUUUCAUAUACACAUUCACUUACAGUUAAAUCUAGUGUAAACUUGUCUGUUAAACGUACAAUGUGUUUGGUAAAAAUUAAAUGCUCGUAUAAAACCCUACAGUGUUAAUUUACAGUUACAAAGCAGCUACACAUUCCAAAAAGAAAAACAAAAACGAAUUCUGUGGUUUUUAUGUAACAUAAUUGGUGCAAAACUUUUUGUUUGCACUGUAAGUGAGCGUGGAUGAUUUACACAAAAUUCCAAUUGUGUAACUGUACAAUGUGUUCCAUUAAAUUUCAAAAAAAAAAAAAAGUUGAAAAAAUAAAUCUAUUUGAAGCCAUGAUUCAAGUAUAUAAGGGUGUGUCUUUAGCCCAAAAAGUUAUUUUAUAAUGUCAAAAUCAGCUGUUUUGCUGUUUUUAUGAUACAAAAAUAUAUUUUUCAUAUAUUCCAGCCAGUGAAAUUUGUUUUUUGAAUAAUCAAUUGUAAAUCACACAUAAUCAAAAUCCUAAAAUAUAUUUUUUGACAUGGAUUAAAAAUGAUUUCCAUUAGAAGUAAGCUCUCAAGUAACGCAACCUUAUAUAAUUGAAUCAUGUUUUAAGCCUUGACCCAAAUACAUAUAAAGUGACUAAUUGAGGAAGGCAAAAGAAAAAAAAAUCAAAUUAAUUUACCGUCUAUGCUAUUUUGAAGCCUAUUCGUUCUUUACAUUUAAACAGUCAAAUAUAUAUAGUGCGAAUAGUCACAAAACCGAUUCUUUUAACAAAUCUAAGGCAAAUAUGCGAAUCAGAACCGUAUUAUACAUACUACUCAUAAGAAAAUUAUUUUAAAAAGGGUAUUUCGCAAAUCUGAAUCAAUAUUCUUAGAUAUACAAAAAUUUUUCCUAAAGUUUUAACAAUUAUUUAAAUUUGUUUGUAUGUAAAUCUCAAUGGCCUUCAAAUUAGCUAACAUAAUUAGCAACUAGAAUAUUCAAAACAAAAAAAAGCUAAGAGUAAAACAUCAAUUUGCAUGUGUCUUAUAGUCUAUUAGCAAACUAAAGUACUUAUACAAUACUAUACGUCCUAUAUAUACACAUACAUACCAGUAUAUAACAACUAAGACAGUUCAGUCCUAUUUUAUGCUCGUCCACUAGUAGUUAGAUACAUACAAAUACAACUUUUAACUUACCCAAACUAUUGAAUGAAAAAGUUGUCAAAUAUUUUAGAUCAAAUAGCAAACCACUCAAAAGACUUGUCAAUUUAUGCCUUCAUAUUUGAUGUUUUUUACAGCAAAAAAAUAAAAACAAGACAAAAACACCAGCAAGAAAAAAUAACAUAGAAAAGAGCAGUUUACCUAUAUCGAUAAAAAGUAAAGAUAAUACCAAUUCCGCAGUUUUCAAAACACACUUUUAACAAAUAUUUAUUUAAAUUUUUGAGCUUAAUAAUUAUCAGAGUCGAAUAAUGGUAAAGUAAAUAUUGCUUAAAAUAAGUACAUACACAUUUUAUACAUAAAUAAAUACACAAAUAUAUAAUAUAGUUCUACAAAUUGCAUUAAGCGGCAAGUGGAAUUGUAUUUUUGUUUAAUAAAGCCUCGUGUUGGCAUCCAAUAUUGACUUGA